AUGAAAACUGAAACACAAAACCAUAGUAGUGAACAAUUGAACGGUAUAAUUCACUGUAGCAACGAAAAAUCAAACGGUAUUAUACAUCCAAAAUCAUUAUCAAGAUUUCAAAAAAUCAAAAAAAUGUCAACAGAAUAUUUAGUUAAAGCUCAAACCGUACCAAUUAUUGAUAUUGAUGAACGUGAUCCACUUGGUAUAAAUAAACAUUUACAGCUUGACUGGCAAAAUGUAUUUUGUGAACCGGAUAAAAGUGCACAUAAUUUUUCAACAUUAUGGAAAAUCUCUUAUAAUACAUAUCAUUAUACAAAAUUAUGUAUAUACCGAUUUUUAGUCGCAAUAAUUGGUUUACCGUUGGUAUUUAUCUGGGCAUUAACAUUUGCUUUUUAUACAUUUUUUAUGAUUUAUCUUGUUACACCAUGUCGUCGUUUAUUUCAAUCGAUUAUUGUUGAAUUAGGUAUUUAUGUACAUGAUUUAUGUGCAGCAUUUAUAGCACCAUUCUUUCGUGCUAUUGGUGCACAAUUUACCGAUUUUCGUAUACGAUUAGCAAAUGAACAAGUGCACAUAACAAAGCAAAUUCAGGUAUAAAUCAGACUAUUUUAAGACAAAUAAAAAAGAUUUUGCAAAUAUUCCUAUUUAUUGUAAAUUUUUUGUGCUAUUAGUCAAUAAAGUAAAAAUUCAAUUUUAAAAGAGGUAAAAUAUCAAUGGAUCUCAUGUAUUUAUUCAUAAUUAAUAACUGAAAUGGCAUACAUUAUUAUAGACGAAAGUAUUUGACUAAAGUAUUUGUUAUUCAAUAUUCAAAUGGUGUUGAUCAGUAUUCCAACAAGCGCGUGUUAGGUAAAGCUGAAAGAACAACGAAUAAAGCAUAUCAAUAACCAACUACUUUUAUGGAAAUUUGAUAAAGAACUUAAUUUAAAAUCAACCAGAUAGUUUGCAGUGAACUAAGAAAUUACUUUUUUUCGGUUUUAUCAUAAAAUGUUACAUCUGUAAACGUGAAAAAAAUAAUAUAUAUAUGACUUCAAAAUGCGAAGAACAUAGCAAAUAUUGAAUGAGAACAUGAGAUAAAAAGUCAACAAUAUCGAAGUAUAUAAAAUGACAAUGCUAGUAAAGAUGUCGAGGAAUAUUUAUGAGAAAAACGAGUCCCCACUAAUAAGAAGUAGAAAUCCGGAUACACACCCCUCAUGAAUGCCCAUCAAAUUCAAAUAUCGACAUACGGAUAUUAAAUUUCUAAAUAUAGAGUUGAUUUUCUUUUCAUUUGAUGCCGCUAUAUCGUAGGUCUCUCCAAGCUUACCAGCCAAAAACGUAAGUCCAUAACGUUUUGUGAAAUUCAUAGCUCGACAGUCCAGCAACGUACAAUGUUGGAGAACGUCUUAUUUUAUAGUUUAAAGAUUUUUCUUUCACAUGGCAAUUAAGCGACGUUUAGCUCUAAUCGAAACACUUACCUAUAAUUCGCGCCAAUAGGACCCUUUUAUACAAAAGGCGUGAGGCGUAUACCAAAAACAUUAUGUCACUUAAAUUAGUCAGCUGCUAGACUUUGUUUAAUUAUCCUUUCAAAGAAAAAUCUUUAGGUGUUCUCUAAUCAUGUACGUUGCUUGGCUGAAGAGCUAUGAAUUUUGUAAAACGUUACGAACUUACGUAAAAAUUGAUACAUUUUCGAGAUAAUAUUUUCUAUAUAUUUUUAUUGUAAUGCUACACUUAUCACUAACGACUAUUUUAUCCAUAGACAAGACAUUCCCGGUAUGUGAUGUCUCAUCAAUUUCUCGAUUAUCUCGAUAUAUUCUCCAUUCUCGAUUGAAAAAUAUCACGAUCAUAAUUGUGAAAGAUAGUGACGGGUCAAAAGUUGAAGUGUAAAAUACAAUUAUUUUUUAUUAGAAAAGAAUUAUUUUAUUGUUAGACUAGUUUUAGAUUUGUCUAGUAUAAAGACAAAUUAACUCUCCAGAAAUGGACGAUAGUUGUCAGUCAAUAGGUAAGUUUAGAAUAACUAUUCAUUGUUGAUGUUUAUGAAGUAUUUUUAUGGUAUAGUUUUAGAUCCAUAUUCGAUAAAAGAUGUAUUGCAAAAACGAUUUGGUAAAAUCAUAAUCUAUGUGACAUAUAACGGGUGUAACAGAAAUAAACGCACUUUUUUAUUUUUGGUAUAUCUUCGUCGGAUAAUAUGCGGUCGACUUAAAUUUUUUUUUAUAAGAUUCGCCAUGAAAUCGUUUACAAAAAUGUCUCUUAACAAGUUUUUUAAAAUGACAACUGUUAGAGUUAUAAAACAAAAAGCGAGGGUGACUAAAAACGCCAACUUCAUAAAUCAUACUUUUUAUACUUUCUUUGACAUUUUCUCAAACUGUAACU